GUCGUGAGUAAUCGAUGCGCUCUGCGUGUCUUGUUUUUGAUUGUUAUCCGAAGCUCUCGGUUUCUGGCUGGCUACCGAUCGUUCAGAGGAAGUUCCGGUUUGGCUCGGUUUGGAACGUUAGUUUAGUAGUAAAACAGGCACGAAAGCAAACAAUCGAAGCAGCCCGGUGCAAGAAAGAAGAAAGUGCAUCCUUGCUUGCUGCAGCAGCGCCUGCUGCAUAAUAUUUACACGUGAGCCCGUCGUAGUGUUGGUGGACCAGUUUUUAUUUUUCGGCUCGACAAUAUUAUUCGGCUCGGAUUAUUGAUUUUCCCGGACCCGGUUUGCGAGUUUAAUUGAGGUUACUUUUACGUGUGAAGAAACGUCGAGUUGUUGUUGCUGGAACGCAACCGAAAGAGAUACGAAUUAGAGUAGGCAUUGAAGGGUGUACUUUUGUACAUAGAGGCAGGCAGGCAGCACAGUGUAGUGAAGUGUAUGCGCCGCGCGUGUGUGUGGGGCAAGUGGUGCAUGCAGUGAAGGUUCACGUCCACCGCCGCUGAGAGAGCGAGAGAACGGGGGAAAGUAAGGUUGGAUUUCAGCUCGUUUUAGCUGUGCCCGUUAGCGCGGAUCAUAACAUCGCGAACUGUUGGACCAAAGACAGGACAGCAGCGUGAGCAAAAACCGUGAGCGGGCGAGCGAGCGAGAUAGGGCGCGCGUGUGCGAACGAGAAAGAGCAGCAGCAGUGUACGUACAUACCUCAGCAAUCGAAACAAGAAGAAGAAUGAGGAAAAAGUGUAAGAAUCAGAUGUGACACAAUCUCCGCGAUACGCUGCUAGUUGGAUGGAGCUCGCUUCGAGCCUUAUGCUAUGCGUCAGACUUUGGUCGGUCGGACGAACGUCGAGGAACGACGUUGGUGAGUGGUCGCGAGGCCAAGUCAAGUGGCAGUCAAGGCAGUCGUGGUAAGAACAAAGAAGGAAAAACAUCAUCGUCAGUUUGAACUCGUACGUAUCCGACUGAUUGUGUGCGGAGGAGGAUACACCCAAUUUGCUGAAUGUCCCGUGUCCCGAUGGUAAUGGACAAGAAUGGUUGCAGAUUUGAACUCGAAAGGAUCAUUCUUACUGGUUCAGGUGCAGGUGUUCUCAGCAAUCGAAGUAGCCGACGACUUCGUCGUCAAUGUGUUUUUGAAGAAGGUGUAAAUUAGGAGCAUUAAUUUCGGGUGCGGCAGUAAGCGUGUCCUCGACUGUUGUGGCAAGACAAAAUUAGUCGUUUUAGUUCGCAAUUCUGCUAGAAUUCAACGCCACUAACUGGUUGUUGGUUCGCAACCGUACAGUAGAGAAAGAGUAGUGUGGCGCCGCCGAGGGGUCGCGCACCGGUAGGAAAAGAAGUGUGUGCGCGGAAAGUUGGUGUAAGAUCGGCCAGUAGUACUAGCUAGAUAGAUAGAUGGAUGGUGGUGGUGUAGGCAAAGCAGGCGGCUGCGAUCCAAAUAGUGGUCGAUUUUUGCAGCCAGCCUCGCUCGAGUCGAAUCGAAGAGUGUGAACGUGUAUGAGUGCAUGUCACGCGCGCAUUACCCGAAGUAUUUUGUAUUAUUUUUUUUAUACCUUCUUCUGCCUCGCACUGUUCGCCCCGACGAUCGAUGGGUUGUAAGAAGUAAAUCAAAAAGGUGCCAGGAAAAAGUAGAAGCGGAGUAAAAUAGCGGAGGAAAAAAUAUGUGUGCGCUGCUCCUCUCGUUGUUUGGCCCGAGUCAGAGGCGGUCGAGCAGAGUGUAAAGUAUUGGCAACAUAGCAGAAAUUAAUAUUGUUUGAGAAGAAUAAGUCGACGGGGACGACCAGCAAGCAAGCAAGCAAGCAGUAGUAGUGGCAGUGAGUGGUUUGAAAAUAUAAAACAACAAUAAGAAAACGAAGACGGAAUGGAGCAAUAAGAGCAGCACACGGGGAAGCAGAAGCAGUGCAGUGUUGAAUAAACGAGAGUUCCUGCAACUGAAUGAAAGGAGGGGGUGUAAAGAGUGUGGUACUGCAGCCAGGAAGGAGGAGUGCAGCAGCGGAAUAGAGAGCAAUAUCAAAUGCACAUAGUUGUUUUUUCGUGUUGUUAUUAUUGCUGUUGCACUUAUAAUAGAUUCAUGCGCUGCACCAACACAGGCCGGGCGACGUGAACACAGUCGACUCCCACAGAGACCGUUCCGUGCGCAGUGAGAGGAGUGUGUGCGGCGACCGAAAAGUGGAAAGGCAAUAGAAAUCUACGGGCCCCGAAGUCAGUGUCUUUGUUCAAAUUUGCAGGAAAAGAGAGUGUCAGUUUACUGUGCCUACUCAGUUAGCGAAAUCGGCUAAAGAAAAUCAGUGUUCGAAUCCCCCUUGGUUUUGUGUUUAGUGUUUAAAUUGUAUCCAAUUUGCCCCUGGUGUGGUGGGAAGUGUCGGAAAAUCUAUCAACUGUCAUGCCCCGGUGUCAGAACCAUCACCACCUGUCAAAAGCGGACGUGUGUACUCCGUCGUUCGUCGGCCGGUCGGAGGAGGUACCCAGGUUACCUCCACGGUACGGAAGUACACCGCCAGCAGCAGCACCGGUUGUCCGUCUCUGCUAAAGAGACAAAAAAAACCUCCAGUGAGUGGACUUCCCAUUCCCAUCAUCCUCUCGGUACAGGUGUACCUGGCCUGGCGAGUUUUAUUUAUGGUGCAAAAGUUGGCCAGAAGAAAGGAACGUCCAAGCAAGACGACGAAGAGUCAGCAGUGGAAAGCGGAGGAAGCAAACGGCACACUCAAUGAAGAAUAAGCAGCAACAGCAGGCACCAAAGAAGAAGCAGAAGCAGCAGCAACAGCAGAAGAAAAACUUGGAUAUCAUGUUGAGCUCUUCCUACUAUAUCUAUAUGUCUGCCGGUACUCAGUUGCAGAUGGCACCACAGACAACUAUAGUACAACAGGUUGGCCAAAAUCAUCUCCAUUCGCAUCAUCUACAGCAGCCACAGCCACAUUCUGUGCAGCAACCGCCGCCGCCGCCGCCUCCGCAUUACAGCAGUCAGCAGGCAGCAGCAGCAGCAGCGGCUGUCAGUGGAUUGGGCGUACCGCCUCAACUCGGCGCGCUCACUAGCUUGCACCAGCAGCAACAACAGCAGCAGCAGCAACAGCAACAACAACAGUCACAUUACACUAAUAACAACAAAGAUCAGGACUCGAACAUGAGUACCGGAUCGUCACAUAGUGAUAAGGAGCUAGAGACUAUAAUCAAUACCCCGACGCCGGAGAAGAUCCCCCGGACGCCGUCCGAUCGGAAGCGGAAGCGAAAAGCACCGGACGACAACGGUGGCCCGGGCGGGGGAGGCGUGGGAGGUCAUGUUCGUGAUAGAGAUAGCGUUAAGGGUCCGCGUUUAACAAUACCACCAUUAGGCGAUAGUAAGAAAAUCAAUGACUACUUUUCCAAACAUCCGGUGAGCAGUCCGCAUCGGCCCCACCCGGCCGGAACCGGAGCUGGUGGUCCCCUAGGAGCAAUAAGUAAUUCUGGCCCCCAGGCACAGCCCGGCCAGCCUGGCAGUGGAAACCAAGGGCCAAGCCAGCAGGUUUCCACGAAAAGUCCUAGCGCCCAGCCGCAGCAUGGUCAGUAUCCAAUGUAUCCACCUAGUCCUCAACCGCAGCUUGGUUCUGUGGUAAACUCCAGUGGUAACCUAACCAGCGCCGCAGCGGCACAAGAGCUUUACGUGCGUUCUCAGCGUGUCCCAUCUUCCACACUAGUUCCUCCAUCAUCAGUAUCCGCUACGUCAUCGUCGUCGUUACUAAACUCAUCCUCACCUGUUGUUUCCGCUGCCGGCGUAGUUGUCUCGAACGCCCAGCAGCAACAAUCGCAUCGAGAUCGAGAUUCUCAGCCGCCUCCACCUCCCCUGCCACCCGUGAGUGUUGUCCAGCAGCAGCCGCAGGUGGUGCAGCCGCAACCGCCGGUCACGCCGACGCCGACCUCCAUGGGGACCGCAAAUUCUUCACUAGCCAUCAAUAGUCUAGCGUCGUUAAACCAUGCCAACAACGGUACCAACACUAGCAACAGCAGCAGUAGUAAUCACAGCAGCAUACCGACGGUUCAAUCCUUAGCUCAAUCAAAUGCCCAACAGCAAAGCCAGCAGCAACAACAGCAACAGCAGCAGCAACCUCCGACGCCACCGGCUCCGCUGAUGGUGUCCAAGCUGGUCCAGACGGACCUCACCCUAGCCGAUAUUAGCGAUCGCGACACGGACUUCGAAGCGUCCCGGACACGGGUCGACGAGCUGUCCCGGUUGUCCGACGAGCAGAAGUGUCAGAUCACCGCCCACCAGAAGGUGAUCGAGCAGCACAAGAGCCACAUCAACAAGUGCAUCGACGUCGUCAAGAAGCUGCUGAAGCAGAAGAGCAACAUCGAGAAGAAGGAAGCGCGGCAGAAGUGCAUGCAGAACCGACUGCGGCUCGGGCAGUUCGUGACCCAGCGGGUCGGUGCCACGUUUCAGGAGAACUGGACCGACGGAUACGCGUUCCAGGAGCUGGCCAAGCGCCAGGAGGAGAUCACCGCCGAGCGGGAGGAAAUCGACCGGCAGAAGAAGCUGCUGAUGAAGAAGAGGCCCACGAACAGCGAAACCGGCCGGAAGCGCAACAAUUCGAGCACGUCGGCGGCGGCGGCAGCGGCGGCCGCGGCAGCCGGUUCCAGCACCACGACGGUGGCGGCCGCCAGCCAGCUGGCAUCCUCGCUGCACAAUGGCAACGAAAAUACGUUCCUAAAGCCGGACCCGGUCGUCGGUAGCGGUUCCACCUUUACCAUCCAGGAGUACUACGAGUGCGACGAGAUUCUGAAGCUGCGCCAGAACGCCCUCAAGAAGGAGGACGCCGACCUGCAGCUGGAGAUGGAGAAGCUCGAACGGGAGCGAAAUCUGCACAUCCGCGAGCUGAAGCGAAUACACAACGAGGAUCAGUCACGCUUCAAUAAUCAUCCCGUGCUAAACGAUCGGUAUCUACUGCUGAUGCUCCUGGGUAAGGGCGGUUUUUCCGAGGUGCACAAGGCGUUCGAUCUAAAAGAACAGCGGUACGUAGCCUGCAAGGUGCAUCAACUGAACAAAGACUGGAAGGAAGAUAAGAAAGCUAACUAUAUUAAGCAUGCGCUACGGGAAUACAACAUUCACAAGGCGCUCGAUCACCCGCGGGUGGUCAAACUGUACGAUGUGUUUGAGAUCGAUGCCAACUCAUUCUGCACCGUACUGGAGUACUGUGAUGGGCAUGAUUUGGAUUUUUAUCUAAAGCAGCACAAGACGAUACCGGAGAAGGAAGCCCGAUCGAUCAUUAUGCAGGUCGUGUCGGCGCUGAAAUACCUAAACGAGAUCAAGCCCCCGAUCAUUCACUACGACUUGAAGCCGGGCAACAUUCUGCUGACCGAGGGUAACGUGUGCGGUGAGAUCAAAAUCACCGAUUUCGGUCUAUCGAAGGUGAUGGACGAAGAGAACUAUAACCCGGACCACGGUAUGGAUCUAACGUCACAAGGUGCUGGAACAUAUUGGUAUUUGCCUCCCGAGUGCUUCGUUGUCGGCAAGAAUCCACCGAAGAUCUCCUCCAAGGUGGACGUGUGGAGCGUCGGAGUGAUAUUCUACCAGUGUCUGUACGGCAAGAAACCGUUCGGCCACAACCAGUCCCAGGCAACGAUUCUCGAAGAGAACACCAUUCUGAAGGCGACCGAGGUGCAGUUCGCCAACAAACCGACCGUCUCGAACGAAGCGAAGAGUUUCAUUCGGGGUUGCUUGGCCUACCGGAAGGAAGAUCGGAUGGACGUUUUUGCGCUGGCUAAGCACGAGUAUCUGCAGCCGCCGGUUUCCAAGCACAACCGAUCGGCGGCCGCGGCUGCAUCCAGUCAGAACCAGCACGGCAGCGGCAACAGCGGCGUCGGAGGCAGCGGUCAGGGUGGCGCCGGGGGUGGUGCCGGCGGGGGCGGUGGCGGAUCCGGAGGGUCCGGUGGCGCCGGCGGGAAUCAAACCGGACAACAAACGUCCUUCUCGACGGGGAUGUUUGGCAACAUGAACCAGUCCAGCUCGUCUUAGCUGUUUUUCAACGGUUGUUUGAAAGGUAUAGCUGGUGCGGGCGCUGGUGCUGGUGCUGCCGGGCCUAAUGCUAUUGCUAUUCCUGCUGCUACUGCUGCUGCUGCUGCUGCUGCUGUUACCACCACUACUAGUACGGUUGUAAACGGACAUUAUGCUGGCAAUGCUGUUGCCAAUAUCGCGAUCAACGCCACCACGAUCUACACGAUCGGUAAUCAGACCAACAACAGUAACAACAAUAACUUUAACAACAACAACAACAACAUUUCGCCACCAACGUCAUCCAACAAUUCACCCAAGUAGGCGCAUGGCGCCAUCUAGAAGAUAACCGAUGUUCGUACUGUAAGUAAAAAAAACAAGCAAAUGUGAUGUGCUAAGCAAAAAACCGGAAACCAAACCCAAAAUAGAGAUGAAACCCUACAGCUACGGUCCCAGUUUUUUGUUUCUUUUUUCGAUACGCAUGAAAAAAACAGAAGAAGAAAAAAUAACCUACAACACACGGGAUGGAUGACACGCACACAUUCAGAAAUUGCACGAAGAAAAGCCUCCUUGGAUCCGUUUCCGCGAAUUCCUGCUGUUGAAAACCUAACUUUUGUACAGUUCUAUACAGAAGAAGACAAAAAAAAAGAAUCAAUGUUUGCUGUAAAAAAAAAUAGAACAAGAGUAAAAACAAAUCAUAACGUUCACACUCAUUAAAUGAUGUUUCCGCAAAACAAUAAAAUACAACCAACCAAACAAACAAAACAGACAAACAAACCAAGAAGUAAGGUGAAAAAAAAAACGAAUCAGCGCGCGGGCCCGCGCGCGCUUUGGCUAGAUAAAAGUGUGUUAUCAUUUCGGUCGGUUAUUGUUUCAUGUGUUCUCUCUCUGUAUAUACGCUUAGAGGAAAAACUAAAGAGAAAAAAAAAACAGAAUAGGAAAACAUAACAUCAAAUGCUCAUCAAAUUCAUCAUCAUCAUCACCAUCAUCAAGAACAAGAACAGUCGUGUUUCAGCGUGUGAGGCAAACCCAAACAAAAAAAUUAAUGAAAACCUAUAGCUUAUAGUGUCGAAUAUCGUCAAACACAAAAAAAAACCUUGGUUGGAAUUGGAAGAACGAAACAAGUGUUAGGAGGACUGGACAGUGACAGAAGGCUAAAGGAGCUUUUUUUCUGGGGUGCGCGAAAUAAUUUUGUUUGUUUGUUUUAUUGUUAAGCCUCAUUAAAAAAAAAGGUUCUUUAUCUCAGUAGCUCCAACAAAUGCCGCUGAGCUACAUUCAAGCAUCUUUUGAUGUUGAAAGACGGAUAUUUCUGUAGGAUUUUCAAUGGAGUCCUGGUCCUUGCUUGCGGCACGCAUCUGAUUUUGGGCAGUUUUGGCCAACAGAUAAGCACAAGUGAAGCGUGCCCAGCGAAUUCUAGAAGCCGUUUCAAAACAGGAUUCUUGUGUGGAUGGAAGUACGACCAGAUUAGGUCCCUGCUAGCUAUUACAGGGCUCUCCAUCGGUUACAGUCUCUCGAAAAGAGCGAAUGGAGCGCGAUCGUAUGCUGCGAGAAAACCUCCGUCGUCAGCCGUGGUGGCAAUCAGAUUUUCAAUCCACCCGGAAUGGACCCCCGCACCAACGUGGAUUGUGGGAGACGGGUGUGAAGAAUGUGAAAUACCAUCUUUAUCGAGGUUAUUGAACCAGUUUUGUAAGUCCAUUUUCUUAUCGGCCAUGAACUAACUGGCAGUGGUAGAGCCUCUGUAUGAAGGCUGUUUAAAAGAAUAUGUUGGUAUCUCGAUAGAAUCAACGAAAGCAGAUCCAGGCAAAGACGGUAUCUCCCGGGUAGUGACAGUACACACGUGCAGCUGCAGGGAAAUACAGAAGAGCAAUAACCCAAAUUGCGAUUCUUCCUAUACCUGCUAACAAAAUCGAAAUGUAAUUGAGUGUUUUUCAAGGGGGGGGGGGAGUAUGUAGAGCUUACUCGCAGUGUACCAAGAUGCAAUAAAAACACUGAAUGUGCCAAAUGUGAGGCUGGCGUUAAUGUGAGAAGCAGAGGCGCCUCUUCAAGGGAUCACGGACCAACUCACAGCUUUACCAGCAGGGUUUUCGGCACUUUUCCAGCAGUUCAAGGGGGCAGUUUCGGCGUGCAUCGACAAGAGACGUUUCACUGAGCGCUCAUUCGAAAGGAGAAUCGCAAAUCACAGCGGUUCCUCUUUGGCGGACGGCCAAAGAUCCCACGAAUCCUCCAGAUGGUCUAUCUAAUUGGCGUGGCAACCAUCUGCAACGUGACAUCGUGUUUGCCGGCAUUUGAACAGUUCAUCAAGAACAGGAGAUCCGUCGGCAAAAAUGUCAUUUCGGACAGGAAGGUCGAGGAAGAUGUCCCGUGUUUGCCUAAAACAGUUCAAGGACCUAUCCAAAGGUUGAUUGCCGAGGGAGAGCAGCCGGCUGAAAGGCAAAUUCUAACGAACCUAAUGGAAUUCUUCGACCCCUAGGGCCUAUGGAGUACAUUUUGGAAAAUUCGGCAUUAUCAGAACCUCCAGAUGCAGACGCUCCAGUGAAGUUGCUCACGCCGCUGCAGCUUAUGUCCGAAUCACAAAUCCAGAGGGAGUUGGUAAAAGCGUUCUUCGAUGAACAUCUCGAUGGCGAAGUUGCAGAGGGAGUCGGAACGGAAGGUAACCUAGGAGUGAGCGUCCGUGGAAAAUAGUAAUAACUCAGCACCUUCUCGCCGAGGAUUUAAACGACAAUUCGGGUUGCUAAAAUCCAACAAAACCCCUGGUAAGGACCGCCUACGGGCAGAGCUGUGUAAACAUGGCCGAGAAACGCCGGCUGGCAACGGCUCUACACCAGAGGAUCUGAAGGAGAGAAAGCUACCGGAGCAAUGGAUGGAAGAGUUGGUUUGUCCCAUGUACAAAACGGAUGGUCUGGUCGACAUAACGCAGGUAAACACCGCCCUACAAGGUACUCUCCAAGAGCCGGGUAGACCGGAUGUCACCGAUAGCACAAGGUUUCGUAGGAAACAAAAUCAGGUGGACUUUUGUCGGAAAAUGGAAAGGUCGGGAGCACAAAGUGCCAAUGCAUGACAUCUUUAUUGAUUUCAAAGCAGCGUACGAUACAAUCGACCGUGACCAGCUAUGGCAGACGAUGCACGAACACGGUUUUCCGGACAAUUUGACGCGAUUGAUCAGAGAUCCAUCAGAUCCAGUGAUGUGUUUCUUGUGCAUCUUGGAGACAUUUUCGAGUUCCUUCGAGACGCGACGAGGGUUGAGACAAAGUGACGGUUCCGACGAAUCGUGCCUGAAUGGAGACCAACAAACAGCACGAACCACUCCGGCUCUGCUGCUGACGACGACGACGGCGGUGAAAGUGUCCUGGCCGCGACAACGACCAAAGUGUCCCCUUUAAAACCGUCAUUGAUCCAUCGUUUAGAUGAACUACGAGCGUUUAGAACCAUGUUGGAAGUUAGGUUGAUGCUAUUUGUCGUGGGGAGCACCAACGUGAAGGUCCAAAAGGCAUCCACUAAUAUUUGGAAGUGAACUACAAUCGUAAGAGUACGCUGAUAAAUGGUUAUUUGAAAUGGGAAGAUUUGAUUCGCAACGAGAACCGUACCCAAAUAAAACGGUGCUCCUAACGCGGAAGUAGUAAAGUGUUCUUCAAGUUGCCCCCGUACAGACUCACAAAUGCUGGAUGAGUUUUGCAUCCUGAGAAACAGAGGGACCUAUCGUAGGUGUAAAGUUUGCAACCUAGCAGAACCGAAGAUUCCUCCUUUAUCAACAGCUCGUGUUGCGUCGUUUGGAAGAACGUUUACUCACACCGGAUGGUUAGAUCUAUUCGGACCACUGCUCGUUGGCAGGUCGGCAGAAGUUCCUGCGUCAAGACCAUCCGCCGAUUCAUUGUCCGUCUUGUGAAUUACCAGCGACAAUCUGUUUCGACAACGAAACGGAAUUUCUGUGGAGCAAACCGACUGUUGCAGGACCACAGCAAAGUGGGUUUUCAUCCUUCCUGGUACGCCCCAUAUGGGUGGCACGUGGGAGCGCAUGGUGCGCUCCGAAAAAAAACAGCGGUGGGCUUUGCCAUCCAGCAAGAGUCAAUACAAGUUGUACAAUCGCAUAUCGUGUAAGGACUAAUACUACAUGAUUAUUACUGAAAAUUUUGUUAUUGCAUGCAGGAAAUGUACUGCGACUCAAAGUUGCCGUGAAACAGAUUAUAAAAACUUGCCAGCAGUGGUGUAAGAUUUGUAAAGCAGCAUCAAGAUUGCCCCGGAUGGCUUCUUCAUCAGCAGAUUGUGUUGCGUCUUUUGAAAGACCGUUUAACCGGCCAAUUAACAGAAGGUUGCCACUCACUGGUGUGGCCUGUCCAUGCGCAGGUCGCUCAAAGGGCUCAGCACUAGUUCCUGCAUCACCGUCGACCGUCCGCCAAUUCGUUGUUCAUCGUGUGACGAUCACCAGUGACUGCUGCAGAAGUAGACUGAGCAGCUGUCAGCCACGUUCUCCGGUACCACGGCAAAUGCGAUGUUCAUCCCUCCCGGCCCCAUAUGGGUGGCACCUGGGAGUGCAUGGUGCGCUCCACAAAAACUGAGUCUUAGAGUCAAUGUUUGUGGUGGGGGGGAGGAUGUUGGUGAUUCUGGCAUGAAUGAAAAACUGCUAGACACAGAUGGCCAUUUAAAACUUAUAAAAGUACAAUUCUCUACUAACAUCAAACGAUUAAAUGUAGCCCAAUGGAGAAAUUUGUUGGAAAAAUUGAGAUAAAGGACCUUAUUUUUCGUAAAAAAAUACCCUACAAAUGUUUUUGUUUAGUUUGCCAGUUUAUUUUACUACCCAAAAGCAGAACAGAAGAAAAACCGUAAGAUUUGAGCAACCAAAAUUAACCGAAAUUUUGCUAAAAAAAAGAUGUGACUAUGGCAAAAGCAAAAACUCAAAAGAAGUAAGAAAAAGUGUUGUUUUGUUAGAAAACCAGCAGAGCGUGGUAGCAGAUUGCGCGGUGCAGCGCAGCGGUUUUCCACCGAAAGUCGUUUGCAUUUAAUGAUGAAGGGGAAAAAAUGCGAAGAACCGAAACCUAAAAAACCCGAAAAGAAGUACCAUUUGUAAAUACCUAUAUUGCUUUCGCGCAAGAUUGAUUGUUAACACAGAAGAAGAUGCCCGAGGGUUUCGGAAUCCUGUCCCUCAGUCGGUCAUAGUCGGUUCCUCCGGACAGAGGACAGUGGACAGGCUAGGGCAGCAGCAGAGAGCAGAGUGACCCAAAAACAAAAAAAAACAAUUGCAUAAUGUUAAAGAAAAAUUCCGCAGCAAAACAACGUGUCUGUCAAACGGAACUAAAAAAAACUAGAAAUACUGAUUGUGAAGAGGAAUGAAUCGCGAAGAGUGAUGAGAAGAGAUGUACAUUUAGCGCGGCGGGGGUUUAAAAGGCAAGUGAAAUGAAAUUGUUGUUUGUUAAUUCCAUUGAAACGAAAAGCAAAAGAAAAACGCUCCGAUGAUGAAACAAAAAAAAAAAAAGAAACACACACACACAUGGGAAGAGCGCGGCAUGGAGUAUCCGGCAUCCACUGUUGUAAUGUGGAUGUGCCAAACUUUCUUUCGUUAGUUAUCAUUAUUAUUAUUAUUAUCUUUAUUAUUUUUUUCUCCUGUAAAUAUAUCGAUUAGUGUUUGUUUUAUCAGUAAUUAAUUACGAACUAUCAAACAGAUUCGCAAAGAUUAGGAACAACACACACACAGACUCACAGAGAACUGGUUGAUGUAGUAAAGCGAGAGAGAGAGCGAGAGAAACGACGCGCAGAGUUACUUCCCUUUCGCAAUAACGUGAUUAAAGCAACCUGUACCGCUUCACCGCAAGUUUUUUUUUUUCCUUGGGGGGGGGGAGGAUGAAGCGACAGGUGUAAAGCAAAACCAACCGGCCGGCGGCCGGUUGCAAGUUACUUUUUGUCCUGUACUACCUAGCAGCAGCUUUGAUGCGAAUUUUCGAUAGCCAGUGGCGCUCUAGAAGAUAUUCUAUUGGAAGUCGUUCAUUUUUUUUAUCACUUGAUAGGGAAACCAAAUAACGAUUGCGUGUGACGCUGUUGUAUGCCCCGAACGAACGAACGAACGGACGUGUGUGAUUUGUUUUAUUUUUUUCCAAGUCAGAGGGUGAGUGCGUGAGUGAGUGAGUAUGUUGGGCGUGCGUGCGCGCCAAACACAUCCUUAAGGAUCUAGAUAACAAAGUAAUAACUCGCAGAAAAGCGGAGAAAACACAGAAAGCAAAUCGUGCGUGAGUUAUAUUGAGCUGUUUUUUCUCUUAAACAUAGUAAACUAUCAAUAGAAAACGUGAACAUAGGUUGAAUUUAAUGCGAUGUAAUCUCUUCUUAAAUUCUUAAGGAAAUGAUAAAGAAACAAAGAAAAAAAGGUGAUCAAAACUUGAAGUCAACGUUUUUCUGAACUCACACACACCCACACAUACAUAGUAGGAUAACGAUGAAGAAAAAGCAACACACACACACAUAAAGCGGCGCGAAGAACGUGCGGUGACUUCAAGCUCUAACUCUAACGAAACAAAAAAGGAGGCCGCGACGAAGAGGAAAAACGCUUUGGUUCCAAAAAAAAAUAUUCUGCCGAAUACACAGUGGACUGCUACCAGAGCGGGCCAAUUGCGCUCAAAACAAACAAAAAAACGAAAAAGCUAAAAAAAUUAUGAAAACCCGAAAAAAUAGACGUAAUUUAUAAAGUCAAACAAACAGAAACCAGCGGAAAGAAAAUAUUCAAAGUAAAAACAGACAAACAAACAAACACACACACACACAUUAAGAAACAAAACAAAACAAGCUUAUUAUUAGAAGUUGAAAUAUCAAGUUUAGUGGUUACAUGCAAAUAAUCAAUAAAAAAAGAAGAAGAAGAAGACACAGAACGAAAGGAUGCUAGCCGCAGAGAGGUCAUGCGUAAAAAGGAUAAAAAAAAAUAAAAUUAUAAAGUACUAGACGUUAGAAGUGAAGGGGAGGGAAAAGCGAACGCGUGCGUGCGUGUGAAAGGUUCCGUUGCGAAAGGUGUGAGAGAGCAGUCAGUGUGUGUGUGUACGUGUGCAUGUCAGAAGCAAAAUAAACAAAAAAAAAACGAUUAAGCAAGCCUACAGCAGAGAGCGCGCAAGCGCGCCCGUAGUAGGCACUGCCGAAAACAAGAGAGAUGCAGUUGCAAGCAGAAAGAAGCAAAGAAGAUGAAAAAAAAAGAAAAACUCGUGAAUGUCGAUGAAAACACAACACAUUUAAUAAAUUUAAAGUAAUACCUAUUAAAAAACCUAUUAAUAAUUAAUGAAAAAAAAACACAUACAGAUAAAUAAUUAUAAUAAAUUAUUUAAGAUAUGAAAAACUUCUAUAUGUAAUAAUUAUUAAAAAAUUAAAAUAAAAAAUAAACUAUUAUUU